AUGGGCUCGACCAUCAUCCAAGGCGAUGACCGGUUGCCAUCGAAAAGCCUCAGUAGCGAUACCGAGAGAGAAAUCCAGCCCGCCUCUGACCUGCAAAACUCGGAAGUCAAGCAACUCGCUCGCCAGUUCUCACGAGACAGCCUCGAUGACCUCAGAAGCAAGCCCUUGUUUGGAAGCAACGACCCCGACUCUCCGCUCAACCCGUCCGGCAAUAACUUCAAUGCUCGCGCCUGGGCUACUAACCUCGCCCGAGCAGCCGCAGAACAGGGCCAGGGAUUCCGCCAGGUCGGACUGUGCUUCCAAGACGUCAAUGUUUUUGGCUACGGUACACCGGCAGACUUUCAAAAGACUAUGGCCAACAUCUGGCUUGCCGCACCGAGCAUGGUUGUACGGCGUCUUUUGCCAAAGUCCAGCUCUUGGGGACGCAAGCGAGUCAACAUUCUGAACCAGUUCAACGGCAUUAUUCGCGCUGGGGAGAUGUGUGCUGUUCUCGGACCUCCUGGCUCUGGGUGCUCGACUUUUCUCAAGACGAUCUCGGGAGACCGCAAUGGCAUCUACUUGGACGAGAAUUCGUACCUCAACUAUCAGGGUAUCUCGGAUAGGGACAUGCACUCUGCGCACAAAGGAGAUGCCAUAUAUACUGCCGAACAGGAUGUCCAUUUUCCCAUGUUGACGGUCAAUGAGACAUUGACGUUUGCUGCUCGUGCACGUUGCCAGAGGGAGCUUCCAGAGGGAAUCAGUCGUACACAAUACUGCGAUCAUCUUCGAGACGUCGUAAUGGCCAUGUAUGGCAUCAGUCACACCAACAACACCAAAGUAGGGAAUGACUUCGUUCGUGGUGUUUCUGGUGGAGAGCGGAAGCGCGUCAGCAUCGCCGAGGCUACAUUGUCCAAUGCACCCUUCCAAUGCUGGGACAACUCAACCCGCGGUUUAGAUGCAGCCAACGCCGUCGAAUUCUGCAAGACGCUCCGUCUUCAGUCCCAGCUCUUUGGUCAAGCAUGUGUCGUGUCCAUGUACCAGGCCCCCCAAACCGCUUACGAUCUCUUCGACAAGGCCAUGGUCCUCUACGAGGGCCGGCAGAUCUUCUUCGGUCCAGCUUCUGAGGCCAAAGCCUACUUCAUCAACCUCGGUUUCGAGUGUCCCGCCCGUCAGACCACUCCCGACUUCCUCACUUCCAUGACAUUUCCUGCAGAGCGCACCGCACGACCUGGAUGCAAUCCCCCGCGCACACCCGAUGAGUUCGCCGCGGCGUGGCGCUCGAGCAAUGAGUACAAUGCCUUGUGUGCGGAGAUCGAAGAGUACAAGUCCUGUCAUGUCAUCGGCGGCGAGGAUUCGCAGAAGUACCUGGAUCUGAAGCGGGCGCAUCAAGCACGAGGCCAACGUCCCAGCUCCCCCUUCAUCCUGACGUAUUCUCAGCAGGUUCAGCUCUGUAUGUGGCGCGGCUGGAGACGUUUCUGGGCAGACCCGGGCCCGGCGGUCUUCACUAUGGUGGGAAAUGCUGUCAUGGCACUCAUCACUUCGUCUCUGUUCUAUAACCUGCAAGAAACCACUGGCAGCUUUCGUGGUCGAGCAGUCGUUCUUUUCAUGGCGAUUCUCUUCAAUGCGUUUGCGUCGAUUCUCGAAGUCAUGACAUUGUAUGCAGAGCGACCCAUCGUGGAGAAGCAGGCCCGCUAUGCGUUUUAUCGCCCGUCGGCUGAAGCAUACGCUGCUGUCUUGGUUGACCUACCUAUGAAGAUCACAGCGGCUAUUGGUUUCAACCUUGUUUUCUAUUUCAUGACCAAUCUCAACCGACAUCCAGGCAACUUCUUCUUCUAUCUAAUGGUAGUCCUUCUCGUUAUCCUCUCUAUGUCAGGCAUCUUUCGCUUCAUUGGCGCUGUAUCACGCACAGAGACACAGGCUAUGGUACCCGCCUCCAUCAUGAUGCUGGCAUUGCUCAUUGUCACCGGCUUCGUCGUCCCUAUCGGCUAUAUGCCUGCCUGGUGCCGGUGGAUCAACUACCUGAAUCCAGUUGCUUAUGGCUAUGAGUCGCUCAUGGCUAAUGAGUACAGCGGUCGCAACUUUACCUGCUCUUCCUACAUUCCCAGCUACGGUACCCCAGGCACAGAAAAUGUGGCAUGCGAUGCCAUUGGUGCUGUUCCUGGCCAGUUGUCCGUCAAUGGAGACGCUUACAUCAACUCGGCAUACAACUACUUCGCCAGCCACAAAUGGCGCAAUGUGGGCAUCAUCAUCGCCAUGGUCGUCUUCAACCAUAUCGUCUACUUUGUGGCGAGCGACUAUGUCACAGCCAAAAAGUCAAAAGGCGAGGUCAUGAUCUUUCGCAGGGGCUACGUUCCAAAGCUCCACUCCAGGAACCAUGACGUUGAGAGCCCAGCCUCUGGUACAGUUGCUCCGAUACUGAGUCAGCCACGCGACAUGCCCGGCUUUGGGACUGAGAAGGGCUUUCAAGGCUCUACGAGUGUCUUUCACUGGAAGAAUGUCUGCUAUGACAUCAAGAUCAAGAAGAAGCCCCGGCGCAUUCUCGACAACAUCGACGGCUGGGUCAAGCCUGGUACCCUGACGGCCUUGAUGGGAGUCUCAGGCGCUGGAAAGACAACACUUCUUGACUGCUUGGCUGAUCGUCGUGGUGGCGUUGGCGUCUUGACUGGCGAGAUGCUGGUGGAUGGGAAACUCCGCGAUGAGAGUUUUCAGCGCAACACAGGUUACGCACAGCAGCAAGACUUGCACCUCGAAACGAGUACUGUUCGAGAGGCUUUGAACUUCUCCGCCCUUCUUCGACAACCAGACCAUAUCCCCGACACGGAAAAGCUCGACUACGUCAACAGAGUCAUUGAACUCCUCGAUAUGCAAGAGUGGGCUGACGUAGUGGUUGGGGUGCUUGGAGAGGGCCUCAAUGUUGAGCAAAGGAAGCGAUUGACUAUUGGGGUCGAGCUGGCUGCGAAACCCCCUGUCUUGCUUUUCGUUGAUGAGCCUACGUCAGGCCUCGACUCCCAGACCAGUUGGGCCAUUCUGAGUUUACUGGAUAAACUGUCCAAAGCAGGCCAGUCUAUCCUCUGCACUAUCCAUCAGCCUUCGGCUGUGCUGUUUGAGCGAUUCGAUCGUCUUCUGCUGCUUAGUGAAGGGGGCAAGACGGCUUAUUUCGGCGACGUUGGUGAUAAUGCCCAUGCUCUCAUUAGCUAUUUUGAGAGAAAUGGAGCUAUUCCUUGCCCUCCUGGUGCAAACCCAGCCGAAUGGAUGCUCGAGGCCAUAGGCGCCGCCCCUGGUAGUCAUUCAGACAUUGACUGGCACCAGGUCUGGCGUUCAAGCCCCGAGUACGACCAAGUCCAACAGGAAUUGACUCGUCUCCGAUCAGACGGCGAAGCUCGAAGUUCCUCCGAAAAGGCACACGAUCCAACUUCGUACAACGAGUUUGCGACGCCGCUCUGGUACCAGUUCCUCCUGGUGACGCAGCGUGUCUUUCAGCAGACAUGGCGGUCCCCCUCAUACAUCUACUCCAAGCUUCUUCUCUGCAUAGCCUCCAGUCUCUUCAUCGGGCUCGUCUUUAUCAACUCACCCCUGAGUAUCCGCGGGCUGCAGAACCAGAUGUUUGCCAUUUUCGAACUGACCAGUAUCGUAACGCAGCUGGUGAACCAGCAGAUGCCGCAGUUCAUCACGCAACGCUCGCUCUACGAAGUCCGCGAGAGGCCCGCGAAGGUAUAUAGUUGGAAGGUCUUCAUGCUCGCUCAGAUCGUGUCCGAACUUCCAUGGUAUACGCUGGCUUCGCUUCUUAUGUGGACUGCAUUCUACUUCCCCGUUGGAUUCUACUCCAACGCCCAAGAAGCCGGGCAGUCUCACGAGAGGGCCAUAUUGAUGCUGCUCCUCUUCUGGGUCUUCUUUCUAUGGGUAUCUACCUUUGCACAUCUUUGCGUCUCAUUCAAUCCUGGCACAGAGGAGGGCGCCAACACCGCCAGCCUUUUCUUCUUCCUGGCUUUCUUCUUUUGCGGUGUGUUGGCAUCACCGGAUGAAAUGCCAGGCUUCUGGAAAUUUGUCUACUAUGCUUCACCACUGUCGUACUUUGUCUCGGCCACCUUAUCAACAGGACUGGCCAACGUCAACGUGACGUGCGCAAGCAACGAGUUCACCUUCUUCCAUCCGCCCAAGGGCCAGACAUGUGGCGAGUACAUGGGCGAUUACAUCUCUCAAGCUGGGGGAUAUCUUCUGGAUUCACUGUCAACCGAGAGUUGCCACUAUUGCCAGAUCAAGGAGACCAAUAUCUAUCUUGAAGCGGUCAGCUCCAGUUACAGCAUCAGGUGGCGAAACUUCGGCAUUCUGUGGAUAUACGUAGUGUUCAACAUUGUAGCAGCACUGGGAUUGUACUGGCUUGCGAGGAUACCUAAGGGAAAGAAGAAGUAG